AUGCCGGCCGCCACCUCCGACUUCAAGCCGAUCACGCUGGCCGAGAUCCAGAACGGGCUGUGCCCCUCCGAUCGUCCGAUCCGUAUCCUCGUGGAGGGUACCUACGAUCUGUUCCACAUCGGCCAUAUUGAAGUUCUGCGCCAGGCGAAGCAGGCAUUCCCCAAUGUCUGCCUUGUCGUUGGAGUGAACACGGACGUGGACGUGAUCAAGUACAAGGGCGGCAGGCCGGUCAUGUCGUACGCUGAACGUCUUCGCGCCGUUCUUGAGUGCAAAUACGUAGACGAAGUGCUGUCCGAUCACCCGUUCUACUUCUCUCUCGACUAUGUCAAUCAGAUCCAAUGUGAUCUGGUGGCCCACGAUGAUCUACCCUACAACACCGGGGGAGCCAUCCAGGGUUCCGAUGGCGAUGAUUUCUACAUGCGAUUCAAGCGCGUCGAUCGUUUCCUGGCCACCCAGCGAACGGAGGGCAUCUCGACGACGGAUCUGAUUCAGCGUAUUCUCAACGCCCAUGAGGAAUACAUGGAGCGAAACCGGAAGCGCGGUCUGGCCCCGGUGGCCGUGAUGGCAGCCGAAUGC